UCGUAUUCGCGAACUAACACGCAGAUCUUCCGUCUUCGUGCGGCACCGAUGUCACGCUAAUGUUAUUCGUUGUACCGAUCCUCGUUUGCGUGAAGUUUUGCGAAACUUUACAGUGCAAGAGAAUCUGAAUAUUCGUCCCAUUAUGCUUCCAAAGUUGUACAAUAUUACCGUAAAAAGAACGCGCUUGCCUGGUGUUUUGUAAAAAUGCAGGUUCGCCGAGCGACGAAGGAACGAAGACGAUGGAAGAGGCGAGACGCGAAAGGACAGAGGCGAAGAUAAAAAGCAGAGAAACGAAAAAUGGAAAGGCUUCCCUGCUAUAACUAUUUGUGAGGAUUAAACCGAUUAGAAAAAGAAGCGUAGAAGACGAUGGAAAAAAGUGGCUGAUACUUACCAUAGUCUUUGAACUUUAGGAAAGAGGAGUAUGCGAGGAAAAUAAAAUCAAACGGUAUAUCGUAGGUACGUACGGAUAACGAGAGAAUAGCGAGAAACAGGUGCAGGAAAAUGGAAGGAAAAAUAGAAGAAAGAAAAGAAAUAGGCGAUAGAAAAGAUAGACAUCUGUUUUACUAAACAGCUCUGAUCAGCUACCACUCUCGCACAGGUAGCGCGAAAAUCGGCUGUACGUGGUGACGCAGGAGUGGGCGUUUUGCCGGUGUCGCCGUCGUUCGACGACGAAGCUCGAAACCGUCAGUUCACGCGAACGCUCGAAGAUUAACGGCACAGGACGAGGAAGCCGGUCGACCUCUCGUACUCUUCUCGAUCGGCCAGUCGACAUCGUAUCCACUAGCUCGGCCAUUACAAGCGUGUUACUAUGAUAAAGCCGAAGAAACUUGGAAUCAUCGGUGGCUCUCUGUUCGCCUUUGGAGUUGUGUUCUGUGCGAUCGUUUUCCCACCCUUCUUGAAGUGGAAUAUCAAAAACCAAGUAACGUUGAAACCUAAUACCGAGAUGCGCGAGUUAUGGUCCACCUUUCCCGUUCCAUUGGACUUCAAGAUCUACCUUUUCAACGUGACGAAUCCUACAGAAAUUACAGCAGGCGAGAAGCCAAUCCUCGAAGAAAUAGGACCAUUUUUCUACGACGAAUAUAAACACAAAGUAAAUAUGGUCGAUCGAGAAGAAGACGACAGUUUGGAGUACAACUUGAAAGCAACUUGGUUUUUCAAUCCGUCGUUGAGCAGCCCAUUGACCGGCGAGGAGGAGCUGGUCUUUCCUCAUGUUCUUAUUCUCAGCAUGAUCAAACUUACCCUUGAACAACAACCAGCUGCAAUAGGAAUUCUCAAUAAGGCCGUGGACAAUAUCUUCAAGAAACCAACUUCUGUAUUCGUAAGAGCAAAAGCAAGGGAGAUAUUGUUCGAUGGUGUGCCUCUGGACUGCACGGGGAAGGACUUCGCUUCGAGCGCAAUCUGCAACGUUUUGAAAGAAAAAGAAGACGCUUUGUUACCCGAUGGGCCUGGGCGCUACCUGUUCUCCCUUUUUGGUCCAAAAAACGGCACCGUUCUUCCCGACCGUAUACGAGUGUUACGGGGGGUAAAGUACUGGAAGGACGUCGGAAAAGUGACCGAGGUGAAUGGAAAGCCAGAGUUGGACAUUUGGACCGAGGAUCAAUGCAACGAGUUCAAUGGCACGGAUUCCACCAUCUUCGCGCCGUUGCUCACGGAACAGGACGAUAUCGUGUCCUUCUCACCGGACAUUUGUAGAAGUUUAUCGGCUCGGUUCGACCGCAAGACCAAAGUCGCAGGUAUCAACACUUACCACUACACAGCUGAUUUGGGUGAUAUGAGCACAAAUCCCAAGGAAAAGUGUUUCUGUCCCGCGCCAGAUAAUUGUCUAACGAAAAACCUUAUGGACUUGACCAAGUGUGUAGGCGUGCCACUUAUUGCUUCUCUGCCACAUUUGCUUGGGUCGGAUGAAAAAUACCUGGAAAUGGUCGAUGGACUUCAUCCCAACGAAGAAAAGCACGGCAUCAACAUGGACUUUGAACCAAUGACAGCCACUCCUUUAAUCGCACGCAAGAGGCUACAGUUCAAUAUGUUCCUUCAGAAGGUUGAAAAAUUCAAGUUAAUGAAGAACUUCCCAGAGUGCUUAUUUCCAUUCUUCUGGGUCGAGGAGGGAAUAGAGCUCGGCGGUGAGUUUCUGGCGAAGCUGAAGAAGGUGUUCAAGAUGAUAAGCAUAAUCGGGUUCAUGAAGUGGCUGACGAUAAUAAGCGGCGCUUGCGUGAGCGGAGCAGCUGCCGCGAUGUUCUUCAAGAACAAAGACAAAGGAUCGUUGGACGUGACGAAGGUAACUCCGCAGUCGCAAAAUGGGAAACACGAGGAUGAGAAGAAAUGGCCUAAUCAGAUGACCAUCAGUACGAUACAAAGCGCGGCGGUGCCAUCUAAUCUCGACGCGAAUUAAUUUAUUAGUCAGUCGUAUCUCCAAGCUCUACGAUCUUUGUAUAGUCGAAAGAGAAUUUGUCGAAUAAAUGAAAAAUCAACGUUCGCGUUAAUUAGACGAAAUUUCCAUCGUGCGAUAACGUUUUAAUAUCAAGAUUAAGAAGUCGGUUUUGUCCGUUUUACAUAGACGACAGAUGAUAGGAAAAGAGAAAGCAUUGAUACUCGUCACUCGUCACUCGUCACUUGUACAAAUUCGCUAAUAAUAUUAACGUAACUCUAAUGAAACUCAGGAAGUGUACAGAAGUUGUAGAUCGUGUAUUAAUCGAGGACGUUUUGUUUUUACGUAUGAUAUAUAUUUAAUAUCAUUCUUUUCCCUCUCUUAGUUAUAAAUCUUGUGACCACAGCGUACAAUAAUGUUAACGUAUUGCCAGACAAUUCCGUAACGAGUGUAUUGAUAGUAGUUACCUUUUGCCACUAAUUCUGAUAAGUGCAGUUGUAAUCGAUUAAGGCGAAACCAACGAAACGCGAUCGUCCAGUCGCAAUUUACAACGUGUACUUCAAAAUUGCUCAAUCUGUUGCAGAGAGUAUUAGAGUAAGCUAUAAAUCACGAGAUAAAUAGGUUUACGAAUGACUUUGUUACAUCGUAUAGAGACAAACGGUAACCAUUGCCGACUGGAAAUGUUAUAUAUUUCGAUCGAACGUAAGAGACUCGAUUUUUAGUCCCGGCUCUUAUACAUUAAUGUCUUUAGAACGAGCGUAUAUACAGCUAUUUUAUUCAAUUACCUUUAAUUCGAAAAGCUUGACGUAAGUUUCUGUUAAAACACGUUUCUCCGAGUACCUAUAUACGUACUUUUCUUCGUGUAUUUUUACGAGGUAAAAAAUUCUCACGAAAUUGCAACCAACGACAAACGAUUCUUUAUAAAAAUUCUUAUACGUAUCAUGUACUUACUUAUAUCCUGAUAGUAUUACAAUUAAUAUACGAUAUAACAUACAUUUAAUGUAACGUAUCACUCUUAUAUAUUUUUCUACAUUGCACAUGAAUAUUAAAAACAUUUCUAGUGGACAAUAUUAUGAUCUACUUGUAUGACUUUCUAUAGCAGUCCUGUAUAUUGUGUAUGUACAAGUCGCAAACGCUUUAAACGUGUAAUUUAUGCGAACAGAUCAGCGCAUUCAUUUUUUUUCUUUUUUUUAUAAAAAUUGAUAAUUAUCUUAGUCAAGUCAAUUUUCUUUUAGCAAUAACUUUCGUGCGGUGUUUCACCGUGUGCGUAAUUAUAUUUAGUUCAAUUUCCUAAGCUCUUAAUGCGUUAAUUCUUAAAGAUUAUUUUAACGAUCUCUCGCAGUCUAUUAUAACACGAACGAAAUGUCCACACAUUGCGAUAUCGAACGUAAUAUACAAAUGUAUUGUUGUUAAAUUUGUGCGUUUCUCUUAUCAUUAGAUGGGUUGAAAACGAGAGAGCGUAUUUCUCUGCAAACGGCAGGCAGGACAUAGCAUAAAUCCUCGAAUAUUUGCGUUUCGAUGUUUAGAGACACACAGAGAUCUCCUCGGUUGGGGAUUAAUUUUAUUCACGAUUUUCUCAAAUCGAACAUCUCGGCACCUGUACCGUGUUUCCUUUGAACCUCUCGCUUAGUUCUGAACGUUACGUUACUUUGAAAUGUAAUCGAAGCGUAGAUCGAACCGUAACGAUAAAUAAAUAAUAUUUUCUAACGUGGUA